AGUUUCCAUAAGGUUUGUUGAUGGCUCAGGAUAGCCUACCAACACCAGCUGAACAGGCCUUCAUAACCUACCCCACGGCCACGGCCCCUCCUAGGGAGCUAGCAGGGCAGAGAGAUGUGGCUCAUCAGAGGUACCGCAUAGCAGGUGGUGUACUCAUCCCUGCUGCUGCUUCUGCUGGUGAUCGUGGUGACACGAGGGAGGCUACUACUACGCUCCCGAAUGGCAACGUCACUGUGAUAAGCGGCGGAGAGACGAGUCUUGACCGUAUUGUCUCUGGUGGGGGAGCUCUCACAAUGCCGACAUCUAGGCCCAUCGCGAUGGUAUGUCCAGUAUGCAAGUGUACAGUCGUCACGAGGGUCCACUAUCGCAGUGGGGCGUGUACGCUCUUUGCAGCUGCCGGACUCUGUUGCACUUUUCCCCUAUUUUUUUGGUUACCUUUUUGCUGUUCCGACCUGAAGGACGUCAUACACGUGUGUCCGAACUGCAGAUCACCUAUUGGAAUAUACCAUCGGGGCUGUUGCUGAAGAUGACCACCACCUGUCUGUUUCUCGUAUUUUGUAAUUCCUAGGGGGAGCGGAUGAAUGGUCGGUGGAGGUUUGUAAGAUGAGAACAGUUACUGG